AUGCCAAACAUAGAGGCGAUAUUUUACAAAGGCGGAAGGAUCUUCAUACUGUGCAUAAAGAAAUGCGACAAGGAAGCAGAUGCAUUAUCAAAAGAGAUUGCGAGAGCUGUAAAGAAAGCCUUGCAUGGUUGUGACGAUGACGAUGAAUCUGAACUGGACACCGACGAUUCCAGUGAUGAUGAUGAAAUUGACACACUAUCAGAUCUUCCAAGCUGCUUACUCGCUAUCAAACACGCCAAGGAUGACAUGCUCAAAUUGAUUGGUGCUGACCCAUGCAAAUUCGCUGAGGAUGAUCGCACGACUAAGGGUGAUAUCUCGAUAAUUGCAAACUCAAUUGCCGAGAUCAAAAAACUACUCAAACGUGUAAUCCCUGCUCAAGACCAGAUUCUCAAUUUUUGUGGAGUCUCACCUGAGUGGCACGCUGCAUACUCAGUCUCGCGAUUCCUAAGGACUAGUGUUGCGUAUUUGGAGGACAUUCAGAUCCUUGAAAUGUCUGGAGGAGUUCCCGAGCUUACAACGGCACACUUGUUGGGAGAGCUGAUAGUCAAAUUACCAAUGGCACCCUGGAAAUGGACCUCUUCCGAACAGGAGGAAUGGCUGAGUCCAUGGUAUGAGAAGUACCAUGAAAAACAAUCAGACAAAGCUAAAAACUGGGCGAAUUUCUUUACCGACUUGGUGGGAGAGUGGCUUGAAGUAUUCCCGGAGCCAAGGCCAACUACACUGCCCCUCAUUGGGCCCCUGACCAGGGAUGAGAUCAUCGUCAUGGAUCAGGCACCUGGGUUGCCCAAUAAGUAA